AUGUCGAUCUACGGCCCCCCGCCGCCGGCGCGCGCCUUCCGCGACAACAAGGCGACGUUGCUCGUGUGCUGGUGGUGCACCAUCUUCGCAGCGGUCAUCAUCCUGUUCCGGGUCUGCGGGCGAUACGUACGCACGGAGAAGCUGUUCAAGGAGGACUGGCUAGCGUUCGCGUGCAUGAUCCCGCUGUUCGCGAGGAUGGCCGUGGUCCAUGUGAUCCUGCUGUAUGGCACCAACAACGUCGUGGUGGAUGGCCUGUCCGCGGCCCAGAUAUCGGAUCGGGCGCUGGGAAGUAAGUUGGUCUUGGUGAGCCGGGUGUUGUAUGCUGCCACGAUCUGGAUGCUCAAGCUCACCAUCACGGAGUUCUUCAAGCGCCUCACCAUCAACAUCUGGACCUCCAGCCACGAGCGCAUGCUCAAAGCCAUCCGCUACUUCCUCAUCGCGACCUUCGUCGCGACCAUCAUCGCCGACCUCGCCGAAUGCCGUCCGCACUUCUCACAUUACUGGCAGGUCUCGCCGGAUCCGGGCCCGAGAUGCCGACAGGGAUUCGCCCAGCUGCUCACCAUGGGCAUCUGCGACAUCCUCACCGAUCUGCUGUUGGUGGUGUUCCCGAUCCCGAUCAUCGUCGCCUCGAAAAUGAGUACGAAGAGGAAGAUUCAGCUGGUCUUGCUGUUCGCCGGCUCUUUGGUGCCGGCUGGGACUGUGUGCUACAGGCUGCCACACGUUCUGGCGCGGGACGGCAGUCAGCAGUAUCGCUCUCUGCUGGCCUCGGUGGAGAUCCUAUUCUCCACGGCCGUAGCGAACGCCUUGAUAUUAGGCUCUUUCGUCCGAGAUCGAGGAGUGAAGAAGCAGCGGUGGAAGUUUGGCAGCAUGACCGAUAGUAUUGAGCGCACGACUUCUCGCCGAGCACCGUUCAGCCGGCAUUGGGGCAGCGACGAGGAUCUAGUGCGAGAUCUCGGGAUCAGCGUAGAUCCCAAGCUGCGAGAGACGCCGCCGACCGCUCGCCCAGCGCCGAUGGCCGUUGCGGGGAACGUGCCGGUGAAAGCGCACAGACUGGUGGGACAGGACUGGCAGUUCCCCGGCGAGAGAAGCGACACGAGCGACGAGAUGGAGAUGACCAAAGCGCACGAGGCGCACUCUCCGACCGACAUGUCGUCUUUCUCCUCGCCGCGGAAAGUCUCGUUCUUUGACGUUGGUGGGCUCCUCGAUAAGGAUAAUCUCAGGAGGGGGAGCUCGACACGGACAACAGAUACGGAUGGCGAGAGCUCCAUGCUCGGGCCGCUGUCAGUGUCGUGGAGUCAUGAGCACGGGCUCAGUCCCACGCCGCCGCCGCGGAGGGGCAACACGGCACUGCUCCAGGACAUUGGGGGCCUCCUUGGGCCGAGACGCGAGAGGGAGAGGCCCUCUGGGCGGGGCUAUGAAUUGCAGACUAUUCUACAGGAGCCGAGCCCGAGUCUGCGGCCGGCUAACAUGUCAAGGAGUCUCGCCAGCCAUGAGCUACAGGAUGUGGGGGGGCUGCUGAGGUGA